AUGGCCCGCACGGCUCCGCCGGCCGCGCCGCCGCCGCCCGGGCCCGCAGCCCGCGCCUCGCUGAGCAUCCACCGCGCCUUCCUCCGCAGCCCGCUGGGCCUGCUGCGCCUGGGGCAGCUGCUCCUGGGCGCUGCCUUCUGGGUCACGGUGGCGGCUCACAAGUACGAGGGGGCUGCCCACUUUGCGCUCUUCGCCGCCGUGCUCGUCUGGCUCCUCACCCUGGCUCUCUUUGGGCUCAGCCUGCUGGGGCGCUGGACGCUGGUGCCCUGGCUCGGCUCCCGCUGGCUCCUCACCAACCUGGUGCACGACCUGGUGCUGGCCAUGGGGCUCUACGCGGCCGCCACCGGCAUUAUGGGCCACAAGGCUGGGCGCAAGAGCUACUGCAACCUGCCCGGCUACAGCCAGCGCUGCCUCUACGGGGCCUACCUGAGCGCCUCGGUCUGCGGGGGCAUCACCGCCUGCCUGUACCUCUUCUCCGGGCUCUACUGCCUCUCACGGCGCUGCCGGGACGAGCGCGACAUCGUCUGAGACCCCGUGGCGCUCGGCUGCCCUUCCUCUCACGCGUGGACAGACYGCAGCCCCUCUUCCGGACCUAGCGGCCCUGCUGCCCCUUCCCCUCCUGGCUGACUGCACCGGCUUCCUCCAGAGGCUCCUGCACGGACGAACGGACGGAUGGACGGACGGACAGAGGCCUUCCCUGGAGCACAGCUUCCCCUGCACCCUGCCAGGACAGCAUCGACACCCCCACCGCUGCACAGGCGCCUCUCCUCCCCUGCGGAUGGAAGGAUGGAUGCACGGAUGGGCAAAGGCUACUGCCAGCCAAGGGAUGCAAGAGGCGAUGCCCUAGGAGGGUUCCAGAUGCUGGGAGCCCACAGGGUGCCCUGCCCGGCACCCAGCCGCGUGCUCAGGUGGGUGCCCGCUCUGUGCCCAGGCUGGGGAGCCUGGGCCGGGGCGGCUGAGCGAGAGGCCGCGGUUGCAGCGGGCUGGGUGGGCACAAUUCCCCCAGCGCUGCCGGCCGCUCGGCGCCCAUGCGGCUCCCAAAUGGACGCUCUGGUCUCGGCUUCCCCAGCGCGGGCCCCUCCUCCCGCCCGGCCUCAACACGUCUGCGUGUUCCCGGGGCCCGCGGGCUGAGCCUCUUCCUGCCGCGCUCCGCUCGGCUGCCGCCCGCGUCCCCGGCACGCACUCCUGGGCGCCGAGCCCCGCGGGACCGCGGUGCCUGCUCACCCGUGGCUCCCGCCUGCGCUGCGGGGAGGAAGGAGACGAGCUGGGCACGUGGCCAGGGUGGCGGCUCGGUGCCUCCAGCCCUGCGCCUCACACUGCCCGCCCCGUGGCACCCGGGAAGAAGGGGGUUUUGUGCCCCCAGCCUCUGCUCCAUCUCCUGGGCUGGGUGUGCGCUGCCAGCGAGAGGCCCAGGCUGCUGCUCUCUCCCUGCCAGGAGAGCUGUGGCUCUGAUCCCGCCUUAGGGAGACAGCCGGGCCCGUCAGCUUGGCCUGUGGUCGGGCUGCGCCUGCAGAGCCAGGCCUGGCCCUGCCGCAGCCCGGGAUGCAGCGCGGCGGCCUCGCCGGCCCUGCCUGGCUCUGCGGUGCCUGGUUGGCAUGUGGGGCGCGUGCCGGGCUCCUGAGAACACGGGCCGGGCACGUCCCACUGCAGCACGGGGGGCUGGCGUCUAGGCCCAGCUCAAAGCUCAGACUGAUUGUCCGGAAAAACUCUUGUCUUGGGACUGUCUGGC